AUGGCCGCAACGAGCGCGGUCGUCGAUCGGCUCCUACGCCGGCUUGCCGCUAUCGGUCCGGACGAGCUGCCGUCGGCUGUCGUGGAGGACAUGAUCCAUGUGAAGAAAGCUCUCUCCCGGUGGCACGUUGUUCUGGAAAGUACGGAGAAGCAACUCUUCGAAGGGGUCAGCGGAGAGUACAUGGAGAUGAGCAAGGCCCUGAUGUCCAAAGAGAAUAAGAUGAGGAAGAUAAAGCAGAUAGCCUAUUACAUCGAAGAUAUUCUGGAUGAAUUUGAGGGCUGCGGAAGAAGCGGAUCUGGAGGGAGCAGCGGAAGGUCAGAGGUAACUAUAGCAUCUCACAGUUUCAUGGGAUUUUCGAAAUAUAUACACAACUUUAUAUAA